AUGAAUCAAUACACGACUUAUUACACGCUCCCCGUCCCCAACAGCACAUCCACUCGCAGCCCUCGUUAUCCAGCUCUUCAUCGUAUUCGUUCCUCGGGUCAUGACCUUGAUAUCUUUGGUAGAACCGUUUGUCGAUGCAGCAUUCCAAAACAAAUGAAGUUUGUGCGCAAGGUGCUUCUCAUUACACUGGGACAAGUCUUGAUCACCUUGGGAUUGGCAACAUUGCUUGUACGCGUGGAUCCUAUCUUUCAGUGGCUACAAAGAAGCCGCUAUACUUGGUGGAUGCCAUUACCACCGACGUUUCUAGUGGCAACUUUGAUUGCAUGGCAACUAUGGAUGCGCUAUUAUCGAUUAUCGUCAACGACUCGUACCAUUAUGCUCGUUUCUUUUUCUCUCAUGCAAGCGUCCAUUAUAUCUGAUAUUGUAUCCAAGUUAUUCUACAAUGAAGGCAUUUUGGUAUUACUGAUGACGAUGAUUGGGUUAUUCGGGAUCCUGCUUUUCACCCUGCAGACGCAACUUGCCUUCUCUGGCAUCGGACCAAUAGCAACGAGUACCAUCACUAUUUACAUGAGCUUACCAUGGCUACGCAGUAUCUUUGACAUGGAUACCUGGAUGCUUUUAUGGCCAAUGCUGCUGGCAGCCACGAUUUGUAUCUAUUGCAUCCUCGAAUUGUACUAUAUCAUGGGCAACGUCACUAUCGAAGAUGUCACUCUCGCCAAUGUGGCCCUAUUUAUCGACGCCAUAUACCCAAUGAGAUGCCUCCAUAACAUAUGCGAGUUGACCGAUCGUGUACAAAUAUUCCCAGAUGUGCUUGAUCCAGGCCCUCAUCGGUGA